AGAUGUCAACGGAGAAAUUGACAUCAAACGGGGCAAUUCGGUACCUUCGUCACGGUCGCCCAUUUCUUUGUUAUUUCGUUCCCUAGUCCUCAUGUCCUUCUCUUUGUUAAACGAAUCUCCUUACCAAACAAUUUCAUUUCUCUAGAAAACCUCUAAAUUCUCACCGAUCAAAAAUUCAAUCACGCGCUUCGGAUAUUAAGGUUUCAAUUGGAGUUCACUUGAAUGAAAAGAAAAUGAAGAAAUCAAAGUUGCUGCAGAAUUCUAAGGACAUGCUUUCCAGGAGCUUCAAUCCCGCCAAAUGCAAGACCUCGUUGAAGCUGGCAGCUUCAAGGCUGAAGCUAUUGAGGAAUAAGAAGGAAGUGCAAGUGAAACAGAUGAAGAGGGAAUUGGCGCAGUUGCUUGAGUCUGGCAACAUCCAGACUGCUCGAAUUAGGGUUGAACAUGUAGUUAGGGAAGAGAAGAUGAUGGCAGCAUAUGAUCUUGUUGAGAUAUACUGCGAACUUACUGUUACUCGCAUGCCAAUCAUUGAGUCACAAAAGAACUGCCCCAUCGACCUGAAGGAAGCAAUUACUAGUUUAAUAUUUGCAUCACUAAGAUGUGGAGAUGUACCUGAACUUCUAGAUAUACGGAAGCAUUUGACAGCAAAAUAUGGAAAAGAUUUCACCACAGCAGCCAUAGAGCUUCGUCCAGAGUGUGGUGUAAGCCGCAUGUUGGUUGAGAAGUUAUCUCCAAUGGCACCUGAUGGACAGACCAAAAUUAAAAUAUUGAGUGCAAUUGCAGAGGAGCACAACGUGAAAUGGGAUCCUAAUUCAUUUGGAGAGAAAGAUGGGAUGCCUCCCAGUGAUUUGCUGAAUGGACCAAGUACAAUUGAAAAGAACAGUAAAAUAUAUGCUGAACCUCCACUUUUUGAAGCUACACCUGUUCAGAAUAAGAUGCAUAGUUCACCGUUGAACUUCGCAGAGCAGGAUCCUAGAUCCUCACUGGGAACACAGAACUCCACUGCUUCCCAAAGUUCUGGUGUUGGCUCAAGACUCAAAUCAGAAGUGAGGCCUCCAGCAGUAGGUGAUGAGAGGGUACAAUCAAUACAAGAGGAUGGAAAUGCUUUCUCUAAGCAGAGAUGGAAUAUGGAGUUCAAGGAUGCUACUUCUGCAGCUCAGGCAGCCGCUGAGUCUGCAGAACUUGCAAGUAUGGCUGCUAGAGCUGCUGCAGAACUUUCAAGCCCUGACAGGAUUAUGAAACAGUAUUCCACAGAAUCACACAAGUAUGACGUUCAUAUUUCGGGAAACGAUAGAAAUGAAAAGUCCACUACACAAUUCAGCAGUGAAAAUUUUCCAGACUAUUCUGCAAACAUGUCUUCUGGAACUAUUAGGUUACAGAGUGACGAUGUAGAUCAGGUUGGACAUAAUUAUUCAAAGACAGCUGCUGGAAGAUUCUCUGAGGAUGGUUAUGGUAGUACAACGGGAUUCAGUCAAUCCACUUCUUUAAUUCCUGAAACUUCAACUAAUGACUCAUUGGAUCAUGAUGUCCAAGUUGUAGAGGGGUAUUCUCUGAAGAACUCCUUAGAGGAGGCUAAGAAAGAUGAAAUGUAUAAGAAGACCGAUGAAGGUGAAUUGAGUAUGAAGAAACAGUCGUCUGAAAUGGGUAUGAAGAAACAGUCUGUCUAUGAUGCUGAGAGUGCAAAUGCAUGGCAUGAGAAAUCUGAGAAUUUCUCAGAAGAAAGGAUUAGGAAACAACCCAGUCAUAUCUCUUCCAGUUCCCAUUCACGCAAUUUCAGUGAUGAGAACAUUUUUGCAAAUUCGGAACAGAAACAAUCUUUCUACGAUGCUGACAGUUCAAAUGAGUGGCAAGAGAAAUCUGAGGAUUUCCCUGAAGAAAGAAUUAGGAAAAAACCCAGUUAUAUUUCUUCCCGUUCCCAUUCUAACAUUUUCAGUGACCAGAACAAUUUCGCAAACUCUGAACACCAAAAAUUUGGAUAUGAUGCUGGUGAGGAUCCUUCGGUGGAUAUUGGUGAGAGAAGAUUUGAUCAAGAUGCGUCACUGACAAGUCCUCAUGAUCUUACUUCAGCAGUUUUUGACAAAUCUGAUUCAGAUAGUGAUGAGUAUGGGUUUAAUAUUGGCCGCAAGUUUGAUGAGCCAGAGCCAGAAGUUUAUUUUUCAUCACCAGGCAAGAAAUCACCUAAGAACUCUCCUUUAAAACAAGAUGCUUGGAGCCCUAGAACUAGCGCAAUCAAAUUAGUUGAGAAUUCCACUUCGUUACUAUUCUCCACAGAAGAGCACACGUUCCCUGAGUUUUCUGAUAAUUUUGUGCCUGUGACCUUUGAUGAUUCUGAUGACCCAGAGUUUGACAGUGAUGAACAUAUGGAUAAGUUUGAUCCUAUUGGGACAGAAGAUUCUAAAAAUCUUCCUAGUAUACAAAAUAAAAUUUCACAAUCAGUUAAAAAAUCAAUUACAGAGAGAGGAUCUUCAGGAGCUGACAGAAAACAGUGGUCACUUUUCUCUGACGAUGAAGUCCAGUCCGAGGAACAUAUGGAUAAGUUUGAUCCUAAUGGGACAAAAGAUUCUAUAAACCUUUCAAGUAGACAAAAGAAAAGUCCUCAAUCAUCAUUUAAGGAGAAAGGAUAUCCAGGAUCUGACAGAAAGCAACCGUUACUGUUCUCACAUGAUGAAGUCAAGUCCGAGGAAGUGCAUGGGGAAAACAGCCAAGGAACCAAAUUUGAUGCUGAUUCUCCAAAAAUAUUUAGUUCCGGGAAGUCUUUUGCUUAUCCACCUACUCCAGGACCCGAACAAUUGGACUCGAACGAUAUUGGCAGUGAAUUGAAUUCAGAGAGCGGGACUGGCCUGAAUUUUGGAAAGCUCACUGGUGGAUUUCGUCACAAGGGUAAUAACCCUCUCCCUUACUUGAAGAGUCGAUUGGAUAAUCCAUUAUCAUUGAAGAAAACGACUGAGGAGACUGUUCCUGAAGCUGCUGCUUCUCCCACUGUCGAGAAUCCUAGGUUAAGUACAACGUUAGAUGAUAAGAAAAGCAUGAGAGGACGUGAUCCCCACCCUUAUACGGAUACUGACAGUUCCGAAGAAGAAAUGUCUCGAAGGGAGACAUCAGGUGCCCGAAGAGAAUCAUAUAUUAAUAGUGUAGGUUAUGCAGUUAAGAAAAAGUCAAGCUUUGGAGCUCCAGUUUCGGUUUUUGGUUCUGAUAAUAGUGAUUCGGAUGAUGAUAUUCCAAAACAAUCCCCCACUAAGAAAAGCCAUCUGCAAAGUGGAAUUUCUCGGAGGACAAAAGCUUCUUAUCCUAAGGCUCGGCCUGAUUCUGAAUCUGGAAACGGAAGGAAACUCUUGACCUCUUCCAGUACUGAAACUCCACAAGAAUCUCGAUCCGAAAUGAGGAACUCGGAUAAGAGUGAAAAUCCUGAGCAGCCCACUGCAGCAAAAGUGACUUCUAAGCCCACUUCUUAUCCAAAGACUCGGCUUGAUUCUGAUUCUGGAGUCGAAAAAAAACCCUCAACCUCUUACAGUACUGAAACUCCCCAAGAAUCUGGGUCCCAAACAAGGAAGUCUGAUAAAAGGGAAAAUCUCGUGCAGCCCACCUCCGCAAAAGUGGCUUCUAAGCCCAUGAACUUGAGUUUUUCCAUGGCUCAUGAGCAUCCUACCCAAGCAAAACCAACUUCUACUACGGUGCAGGAGUUGAAGAUCUCUCAGAAGUCAUCUGACGUAGAACAAUCUAGGCCUAAGUCGAAGAAAGACUCAUUGGAAAGCAGUGAAAAUCCAAAACCAAAAUCGGGCAAGACUUCUUCAGAUAAUGAAGAUAAUGCUAAGAGAGCUAGUCAUGUUCAUCCAAAGCUUCCCGACUAUGAUACUUUAGCUUCCAAAUUACAAUCUGUUCGGCAGAAUCGUCAAUGAUUUUUCUCUUUUUUAAUCUCACAUCAUUUGUUACUUCAUUUUUUACUAUGCAUUGCAGUGGAGAUUCUGGCUUUAUUACAGUUUUAAAGUUGAUAUUUAUAGAUACUUUGGAACACCAACACUGUCUGUUGUCACAUAAAAGAUUUUCAUUUUCUUUACUUCUUUUGGUUGUCUGAAUUGCCUCGUCCAUACAUGGCGCUUUUGUAAUGGGUUAAAUUCAUUGAUGUCCACUCAACUUUAUACUUAGUA